AUGUCUGUUAGUGAGAAAGUGUCUCUGUCGGACGCAUUAAGCAAUGUAGACGUCCUGGAUGAACUCACUUUACCAGAUGAGCAGCCGUGCAUUGAAGCAGCACCAUGUUCCAUAUUAUACCAGGCUAACUUCGAUACCAACUUUGAAGAUCGCAAUGGUUUUGUCACCGGUAUCGCCAAAUACAUUGAGGAGGCUACAGUACAUGCUAACUUGAACGAACUCCUGGAGGAGGGCAACGCCCACGCCGUGAUGCUUUACACCUGGAGGUGUUGCAGCAGGGCCAUACCGCAGCCCCGUUCCAACGAGCAACCGGACAGAGUGCACAUAUACGAGAGGACUGUGCAGGUGUUGGCGCCGGAGGUUGACAAGCUGCUGCAGUUCAUGUACUUCCAGCGCAAAGCGAUCGAGAGGUUCUGCGGCGAAGUGAGACGCCUCUGCCACGCGGAGAAGCGGCGCGACUUCGUCUCCGAGGCGUACCUGCUCACGCUGGGCAAGUUCGUGAACAUGUUCGCGGUGCUCGACGAGCUCAAGAACAUGAAGAGCUCGGUGAAGAACGACUACUCCACAUACAGGAGGGCCGCCCAGUUCCUGAAGGUGAUGGCUGACAGCCAGAGCCUGCAGGAGUCGCAGAACCUCUCGAUGUUCCUGGCCACCCAGAACAAGAUCCGCGACACGGUGAAGGACGCCCUGGAGAAAAUCAACGGAUACGAGGAUCUUCUGGCUGAUGUAGUGAACAUCUGCGUGCAGAUGUUUGAAACAAAGAUGUAUUUGACACCGUCUGAGAAGCACAUGCUAGUCAAGGUUAUGGGCUUCGGUCUGUUCCUCAUGGACUCCGAGGUGUGCAACAUCAACAGGCUGGACCAGAAGAAGAAGAUACGCCUGGACCGGAUCGACAGGAUCUUCAAGAAUCUCGAGGUGGUCCCGCUGUUUGGCGAUAUGCAGAUAGCUCCGUUCAAUUAUAUCAAGCGGUCGAAGCACUACGAUCCCAGCAAAUGGCCGCUCUCCUCCAGCCCCAAUCCGCUGUCGCCCCAGGCCGACCUGAUGGUCCACCUGCCGCAGAUAAGGGAGGAGCACCAGAACUACAUAUCCGAACUUGCCAGAUACAGCAACGAGGUGACGACGACGUUCAAGGAGGCGGGCUCGGACGCCGAGAAUAAGGCGGUGACGGAGCUGUGCCUGCGCGGGCUGCAGCUGCUCUCCUCCUGGUGCUCGGUGCUCACAGAGCUCUGCUCCUGGAAGCUGCUGCACCCCACGGACCACACCGUCAACGCGCGCUGCCCCCCCGACGCGGAGGAGUACGAGAGGGCCACCCGCUACAACUACACGUCGGAGGAGAAGUUCGCGAUGAUCGAGGUGAUCGCGAUGAUCAAGGGCCUGCAGGUGCUGAUGGCGCGCAUGGAGACGGUCUUCGCGGACGCGGCGAGGAGGUCGAUAUACGCGGAGCUGCAGGACUUCGUGCAGCUGAUGCUGCGCGAGCCGCUAAGGAAGGCGAUCAAGAACAAGAAGGACCUCAUUCGCAGCAUCAUAGUGUCGGUGCGCGAGACGUGCGGCGAUUGGGCGCGAGGCUGCGAGCCUCAACAGGACCCGGCUCUGCGCGGGAAGAAGGAUGCCGACGCCAGUUUCACCAUCAAGGUGCCGCGUCGCAACGUCGGUCCCUCAUCCACCCAGCUGUACAUGGUCCGCACUCAGCUGGAGGCCCUCAUAUCGGACAAGUCCGGCGGCAGACGGACCCUCAGAAAGGACCUGGACGCGACAACCCUCACCCAGAUCGAGGCGUUCCACCGGCAGAGCUUCUACUGGGGCUACAUGCUGAACCUCUCAGACUCCCUUCAGAAGUGCUGCGACCUCUCCCAGCUCUGGUACCGAGAGUUCUACCUGGAGAUGACCAUGGGCAGGAAGGUCAAUAAAUGCACCGUCCGCCACCAGCACAACGAGGAGUGCAACGACCUGGUCACCAUGGAGAAGAGGAUCCAGUUCCCGAUCGAGAUGUCCAUGCCCUGGAUCCUCACCGACCACAUACUGCGCAGCAAGGAGCCCGCCAUGAUGGAGUACGUCCUCUACCCGUUGGACCUGUACAACGACUCGGCCCAGUACGCGCUCACGGUGUUCCGCAAGCAGUUCCUCUACGACGAGGUCGAGGCGGAGGUCAACCUGUGCUUCGACCAGUUCGUGUACAAGCUCUCCGAGCAGGUGUACGCCCACUACAAGCAGCUCGCGUCCAGCAUGCUGCUGGACAAGCGCUACAGGGCGGAGUGCGCUGCCCGCGGCGCCAGCACCGGCGGAGGGGCCGGCCGCUACGCGUCGCUGCUACGGCAGCGCCACGUAGCGCUCCUCGGCCGCCACGUGGACCUCAACGCGCUGGUGGCGCAACGAAUCAACGCCGACAUGCACCGCGCAUUGGACGCCGCUGUGGCGAAAUUCGAGGCGGGCGACAUCACCGGUGUUGUGGAGCUGGAGGGGCUGAUCUCCGUGAACCGGCUCUGCCACAAGCUGCUCAGCCGGUACCUGACCCUGGACGAGUUCGAGGCGAUACUGCGCGAGUCUGACCACGGGGUGCUGGCCCCCUACGGCAGGGUCACGCUGCACGUCUUCUGGGAGCUCAACUACGAUUUCCUGCCGAACUACUGCUACAACGCUGCCACGGACAGGUUCGUGAAAUGCCGCGGCAUCCAGUUCGCCGCCGGCGUCCAGAGGGAGAGGCCGCAGCAGUACGGGCACGCGCUGCUCUGGGGCUCCAAGCAGCUGAGCCUGGCCUACUCGGCCCAGUACGCGCAGUACGCCGGCUUCGUGGGGGCGCAGCACCUGCACGCGCUGGUGCGGCUGCUCGGCUACCAGGGCGUGGCGGUGGUGGUGGGCGAGCUGCUGGGCGUGGCGCGCGGCCUGCUGCACGGCACGCUGGCGCAGUUCACGCGCGCCCUCGCCGCCGCCAUGCCAAGGCACUGCAAGCUGCCCAGAUACGACUACGGCUCCAACGGUGUACUCGGCUACUACCACGCCCAGCUGACGGACAUCGUCCAGUACCCAGACGCCAGGACGGAGCUGUUCCACGCGUUCCGCGAGCUCGGCAACAUCAUACUGUUCUGCAUGCUCAUCGAGCAGGCCCUCAGUCAGGAGGAAGUAACGGACCUGCUUCACGCCGCGCCCUUCCAGAACAUUCUGCCGCGCCCCUACACGACAGACGGCGAGAAGCCCGAAGUUAAGCAGAAGCGACUCGAGGCGAAGUACUCGGCGCUGCAGAUCGUGCAGAACGUCGACAAGUACGGAACCGCCAAGCAAAGCCAGCUCGCGCGCGAGGGCGACCUGCUGACCCGCGAGCGGCUCUGCUGCGGCCUCUCGCUGUUCUCGGUGGUGCUGAGGCGGCUGCGCGCGUGCCUGGCGGCGCCGCAGUGGCCGAGCCCGCCGGCGGCGCCGCAGCACGCGCCCCUGCACACGGACGACACGAGCGAGUUCCACAGACUUUGGUCCGCUCUCCAAUUCCUGUACUGCAUACCAGUCGGCGACACGCAGUUCACCGUCGAGGAGCUGUUCGGCGAGGGCCUCCACUGGGCGGGCUGCACCAUCAUCGCGCUCCUGGGCCAGCAGCGCCGCUUCGAGGCGCUGGACUUCUGCUACCACAUCCUGCGAGUGCAGCGCGUCGACGGCAAAGACGAGCUGGUCAAGGGGAUCCCCCUGAAGCGAAUGGUGGACCGAAUAAGGCGCUUCCAGGUGUUAAACUCGCAGAUCUUCGGUGUGCUGGCACGCCAUCUGGUGGCCGACGAGGAGCGCGCCGGAGUCGAGCACAUCCGCUGCUUCCCGCCCCCCGCGGCGCCCCACCACCACCUCGAC